AGGACUCCAACAGGUGCAGGGCUUGAACCAAGACCCUUCAGUUUUCAAGGCAAUAGCCCCAAACAGUUCUUUAGUUUGAGGUCGUUCUCUGUCAGAGUAACCUAUUAUUGGGGAAAGGUUUGAUCGGAUGGUAGCUUUGAAUUUGUUCAUAUGAACAGCACCAAUAAGGAACUUUGUAGAAAAGAUGCUUUACUAUGUUACGAAGCCCAAAGGUGUGUUACCCCUGAGUAUCUUGGUUACUUUAAAUAAUUUUGGAUGGCUGGGGAACUACCUGCUGUUGGUUAAGACUGUUGACAUGGAUCUUUGAGUUCUUCCAUUUGACUGGACAGGUUUUCUCACAUCAGUUCAUUAGCUGUUGUUCAGAACAACCCGAUAACCAAGAAGACUCCAUCCGAGUUUCUGUUUGAAUGUAUUUGCAUAUUUUUCUUUACUUUUGUUCCUAAUUACAUCUGACGUGGGACAAAUCCAUGGCAUCUGACUAACCCUCAGUUUGCUGCUGAUGUGUGGAAAACCAUACUGCAUAGAGAAGAGUGGUGGAAAAGGCAAAGGAAAGCAAAUCUGCAUGCGGGGCCUCUGGGUGACAGUGACGUCAGGUGGAGAAAAGAGAAUCACUUCAAACUCAAAGGAUCCAGGAAGUCACUUCUUGCUAAAAACUCCACUGCCACGAGACAGUGAGAGUUAGUUCCUCAGAAAGUGCAUGAGGCCACAUCACCUUCCUCUUACUCUACGUCUCUCUGCACCAACAUGAUCAACACCUACAACAACAACCUGCCUGCGCCGCCGGUGCCUCCACGCGCAAGGGCACCAGGUUCGGUGCCAGGACUCGAGCUGGGCCCACCUCCAGUUAUAGCUCCAGCUCCAGCUCCAGCUCCAGAACCCCAGCGGAACAAGUCACACAUACGCUUCUUGGCUGUUGUCUUUGUGCUCCAUGCGGUGGUGACAACGGUGAUGUUCGUCUACUUGUUCAGCAUGAACUUCAGGACCAGAGAUAGCGAAGACCAGGUUUCAGACCACUAUGAUGAAGUACUGAGAAGACUGCACAAGUGUAAUGAAGAUACAACAAAUGACAAAUCACUGCUCGAGUGUUUGAACAAGUCAGAGAAGCUCAGUAGAGUGAUGGCAAAGGACUUCCAGACAGGAGGAAAAGAAGCACAUUCCGAAGCCAGCCUGUACGAUGGGUGGGGGGCAGUGGCCCAUAUGAAGGUGGAUGAAGCAUCCAGCAAAUCACCGAAUACUCUGCGGUGGAAGGGAGACCAUUCCAUUCUGAGGAACGUCAACCACCUCCCUACCGGCAUGCUGCAAGUCCGCCAGCCAGGCUACUACUACAUCUACUCCCAAGUCACCUUCUCCAAAGCCGUUCCCAAAAUUCCCCUCACCCAAACCAUAACGCGGUGGAGCGUCUCUCCCGAUAAACCAAAAGCGGACCUCCUGCUCAAAGCUUUCUGCAACUGGACCAACGAGGGGGUGUGCACAUCUUUCCAAGGGGGAGUCUUCAAGCUCGAGAAGGGACAGAAGCUCGCCGUUCAGGUGGCUGACACAAGCCUGGUUAGUUUUGAUGAUACAGCCACCACUUUCGGAUUAUUCCUGCUGCAACAAACUCCAUAAAAAAAAACAAGCAAGAACAGUAAUUUCUUGUGGAAGACACAACCACAGGCAAUCCGCCACUUUCGCUGCAAAAAAGUGACUGAGGACAGGAUGAUGUUCAGUACAAUGGACAUGAAGGACAUCAAGGACGAAGGUUAGGUGCAUAUCCAUCUUUUCAAUUUUGAUAAAUGAAAUCCUCAGACACGAAAAAGAAAAUCUUUGUUGGCAUAUUGAAUGUUCGUUGAGUGAUAGCAGUGCUCACGUUGGCACAUGUUCAUUUUAACAGUAUACUUGUAGCAGCACUACACACCAGUUCUGGGCCAGGAGAAGAACUUGAAACAAACUGUCCUGAUGUUUAUUGGCUUUUCGCCUCCUGUUAUGCCAACUCCUAGUGAAUGUACAGAGCAAGUUUGGAACGAACAAGCUGAAAUGUUGGCGAACAUGGCAACGAACAAGACUGAAAAAAUUGCAAGGACCGGGCAGUGUAAUUUCAGUGGUGGAACUAUGAUAACAUAUGUGAAAACAAAUGACCAAAUGAGAAAAGUCAAAGACAAAAAAAGCGUUGGGCUCUAGCUGUGAUUUGCCUUUUGUGAAAUGAUACCCAUUGUAAAACCUUCCGGAAAAUUGAAAGCUCAUCACAACAUGAGAAAUAUGAACAUGAAGAUGAAAUUAUAAAGCUGUUCAUGAUAUCCCGAAGGACAGCCUGCAGGUAUGCUGAAUAAGAGAUAUGAGGCUGGCUGCACUUCUUUUUAUGACAUCACAGCUUACACAAUGAAAUUAGAAAAACCCAUCUACGGUUCCAUUUAACCCGUGUUAUUCACAGUGAGUGUUCUGAAACACGUGCACAUGCACUUUCUUCUCUGAUCACGUAUUUUUGUUAUAUUUUGAUAUACCUAGGUGCAGACUAGAAGUAAUGUACAGUAUUCUGUAUACUCAUACUGCUUUUCGUAUCCAAUUUUUCAGAAACGUGUUUGAUUAAAAUACCAAAACUCUCAAAAGACACAUUGUACCUGGUAGCUGACCAGAAUUACCAAGUGAAAAAGUAAAAACGUCUGAUGCAAAACUGACCCUUUCCUUGAUAUGGUUUUAAAGUUAGGUUAGAAAAAGAUAUUCACUUUUUUGUUUUUGCAAAUGUGCGUUUGUAUAAAGCUUAAUUUAUUGCUUCUUAGAUGUCUGUAAUCACUGCCGAAUGUUAAAAUUGCUAUAUUUAUGGAAAAAAAAACAAUUAUGUCGUCUACGACGUUGUAUUUAUAUUAAAGAAAACUUUUCAAUGGCAGUUAAGUCUACGUGUUUCAACCGAGACCUGAGAAACAGUGUCAGGAGCCUGGAAUUUGCAUCACGAAGCUGUAAUUCAUCGACCACUAAAAGAUUUUUCAAGCUGGAAGAUACACGUACGGUGUG